UCUCUCUCUCUCUCUCUCUCUCUCUCUCUCUCUCUCUCUCUCUCUCUCUCUCUCUCUCUCUCUCUCUCAAGCGGCGUAACUGUGGAGUUGUGGCGUGUGCGUGCAUGUGUAUGACUACUAAGAAGUUGUGUUGUUGUGGAAAUGCGAAGUGUCGCCGUCCGGUUACAGGUUGUUGCCGUUUCUCCGCCGGUGUGUCUCUGACUUUCAUCGGCUCUUUUCUUUUCGGACUUGUCUGGACUUCACCGCAGAAAGAGACCGUUACAUCUGGUAAGCCAUGUUAUCUUGUUUCAGUUUUUAAAGUGGGUUGUUUGUCUGUAAUAAUACGACUGUAGGACGACUUAGUUUGCAGAAUACAAAGCAGGCACUAGUAUCCCCUCUAGUACCGAAGACCCCAUGCUGUGUGCGUUUUUUCACCGGCCAUGAAUGUGGUGGUAUGUCCCAUUCCCUUAAAGUCACUGUAAAGGUCACUGCAGCUCCUGUCAUCGAUAACAGGAGUGACAGGUGACCACACUGCGCCCAUCUGGAGCAGAAGUUACGGGCAAACACUUCAAUCCUGACAAAUAGUUUCCAUGAGUACUUCGUUUAGCUGCAUGACUCGAAAUAGUUUGUAUGUGUCCUAAAAUAGUUCCUGCCCCUUCUUGAAUGAAACUGCACUAAAAGGACGGGUCUCAGCUUGCAUUAACAAAACAAUUGCAUGUAAAAUGUCACUGGAAGUACCAAGCACUAUCGGUGCAUUAUUACAUGAAUAAGCCUUACAGGUUUUUCCUGAUCCUUGAGAAAUGUUGAGCAAUUCCUCAGACCACCAACUGACUGGCAGAUUAUAGAAAGCGUCUUAUGUUGCAGAAAUGGGACAAAUCGUGCAUUGAUUGUGUGUUUUCAGAUUCAGCAAUGUGCAAAAUAUGUUUGUACCACAAUCUCAGCACUUGAGUUACUGGGUUCAGAUUGUGCUGCAGACUCUUACACCAAACAGAGGGAUUAAUGUCAGCUCAAAGUUUCUUUUAAUACUAUAUUGCAGGCUCAUUCAUUACAUGCAUGCAAGUUUCCUUUACUUAUUUAUUGCAGCCAGAAUUUUUUUUAACACUCAUAAAUACAAGUUAAUACAAAAAAAAUAAUAAUAAUAAUGAUAGUAAUAAAAAGGGAAAGAUAGAAAGAAAAGAAAAGGGGAAAUAGAGUAAGAAUAAGGGAGAGGACCAAAAACGGAAGAGUCAUAUUAUUAAAAAAUCCAACCAUUUGUGUGUGAUUUUUUUUAAAGCAGAAAUUUGUAAUAUUGUAAACAGAUAUUUACCCCCUUCUCUUAGUAUUUCUAAUGGAAUGAUACCUUAUAAAAUAUUAACGGGGUGUAAGGGAGUCUUUAAGCCAAAUGUAUUUGUUAUUUUUACCUUUAUUGUUUCAAUAUUGGACAGAAAAAGAAAAUAUGAGCAUGAUUGGCUUCCAUUUCUGCACAUUUCAACUCAAAGUUUCAUGAGUUAUACUCUUACUCUUCCACAAUUUACUGUAUCUUUCACAAGUGAUGAAAUGGCAAUGGACACCUAGGGAUCUUUCCUUGGAUUUAUGCAUUUAAACCAUGUCCCAUAUUCAGUGCCAAAAAGACCCUGGUCUUAUUAUUGAUAAAUCCACGUUUUUGAAAACUUGAAAAAUACUUUAAAAAUAUAGUUUCAGUGAGUAAAGCUCCCAUCAUUAUUUUUUGGUAUUGAUCAUCCAGAGAUAAUUCUGUUUACAUUUGUAAUGCUGGUCAUACAUGUCAAUAUUAUGUUUUUAGGUCAGCACUUGAGUUGGUAUUUAGUCAGACAACAAACUGCCUCUGCUUGUUCAAAUGAACCUGCAUUUCCUGUCUGUGUAGUUGUGAACCAUGACGUCAGAGGUGAACCAUGUGGACACCAUGCAGGACCCUCUGCUUAUUCUGGAGAAUGAGGAAACUUACAGAAACCCCACCGAGGUGAAGAUGAGUCAAAUUGUGCUGCCAUGCCAUGCAAACCACUGUGGGGAGCUGAGUGCAGGACAGCUGCUGAAGUGGAUGGACUCUACGGCCUGCUUAUCUGGUUAGAAAAAAAAAACAUCUCUCAAAAACAGAGUGAAGAAAUAAAUGAUAUUUUUACAUCAUAGAUACACAGACUCUAAUGCUCCAGCUAUCUAAGAAUACUGAAUAAUGAAAGCUCUUACAUUCUAGAAAGAAGUAGUGAAAUGUUAUAUUUACUUUGAAUUAUACCCCGACCAUUCAUAAAAGUAUAAUUUGCUAUGUUUUGUGAUACAAAAUUGCACUCUUUCCUGCUAUUGCCAUAUGAUCAUUUUCAUGUUUCAGUUUAAGUGUCACAUAGUUGGCACUGGUAAUAAUAACUUACAUAAUCUUGGUAGAUAUCAUGUUUCGUUCUCUCAAAUACCUCAAAAUGAAGUGUCAUUUAAGGAAAAUAAAUGAAGGCAUUAAUAACAAAAAGGCUUCUUGUAGAUUGUUCUAAUAGGUACAUGAUAAUUUAAUACACAUAUCUAGAGUGAUACAAUUGAAAAUCUUAAAGCUGUGACUACUACCUUAUCUCUCUCACAGAGGCAAAAGAUAACAGAUGUUCAGUGCUUUUGUAUGAUUAAAAAAUAUGUGUGAAAACAUUUCUGAAGCCUUUCUUCAGGAUAUAUUUAUUCCAACCUCUCACAUUGUCCUGUGCUGUCUGGUGACUUUGUGCUUCACUGUGUAAUUAUUUGUUUAUCCUUUUCCUCUGCCAGCUGAGAGACAUGCCGGUUGUUCCUGUAUCACUGCAUCUGUGGAUGACAUCCAUUUUGAACACACCAUAGGGUAAGGUAUUAACCUUAAUGCUGCUCUGUCAAAGUGUUUCCCAACUGAGGAGCACAAGUAGACCAUAAUGCUCCCUUUAGUUCGACUAAAACGUGUGUUAUUUGUGAUAGAAAUAGUUGCAGUAUUUGUAAAAACAUCCUGAUCAGUCAUCAAAAUUGACCAAAGCCUUGUGAUAAAUUCAUGAUUGUAUUCAAUGCAUGUUGGAUAUGCACUCCUCAAAUAAUGUGAACCUCUAAAUAAGUGUUUCUCUCCUGUUCUAGGCAGAUAAAUAAGGAGAUUAGAGACAAAGCUGUUGUUAAACUCAUGUUUACUCAAAAUGGACGAGGAAUAGAGAGUUUAGAGUGUUGAUACUGUAAUCACAGCUUCAUAUUGAUAGUAAAGAAAGGCCUCUGUCUGUCUGCUGUAGGGUGGGGAAGGUUGUCAAUAUCAUAGCAAAGGUCAACAGAGCCUUCACGUCCAGUAUGGAGGUCAGUGCACUUUGUGGUUUUAAUGUCAGUAGAUAGUCAUGGUCUUUAAGAAAGAUCAAUAACAUGUAAGUGAUUCUGCACAUUUCAGGUGGGCAUAUUGGUGACUUGUGAGGAUCUUUACUCUGCAAAGCUGUGGAAGGUUUGCCAUGCCUUUGCUACCUUUGUUGCAAGAAGAACUGAAGCCGGGAAGGUAAGAGUUAGAAAUGAACAGACUGACACCAAACUGUUCUUCUGAAGCUGAUUCAACAUCCCCGGAUUCACAUGUGUGUUAUGUGUUCCCAGGUUCAGCUGAAACAGGUGACUCCUCGCACACAAAUGGAGCAGAUGGAGUACAGCCUGGCAGCAGAGCGGAGGAGGAUGAGGCUCAUCCACGCUGAGAUCAUUACAGACCUGCUGAGCAGCAGCACAGCUCAGCUGGGUACAGGCUGCAGAUACUGGGCUUCAUAACACAGCACUUGGCUGAGCUUCUGCACCACUCAAGCUCCUUGUUUUUUCUUAUACUCCCACCAGGAGAAUGCCAGGAGUUUCAGGAUGCUGUGCCAGCAGAGCGGACACGAGUAGAGAGUGUGGAGCUAGUGCUACCGCCACAUGCCAACCACCAGGUCAGCACCUUUGGGGGCCAGAUCAUGGCAUGGAUGGAGAAUGUGGCCACAAUUGCAGCGAGGUACGUGCCCAGUUUUUCAUUUUUUAUUUAACUGGAAGAUGAGCUGUAAGGAUUAGUGUGUUAUUUAGAUUUAUUCACUUUUGCUGACUUUGCUGUGACAAUUGAAAUCAGCGUCCAUGUAUGUUUUUUAAAUCUGACAUUACAGCAGUCAGUCGGUUAGCUUGUGUGUAUUAGCCCCCCUGCUAUGAAAUGGGCCACUCCAAACGUUUCCAUUAAGCCAGUUACAUUCUAUUUAGUCUCCAGUAUUUGUACAGAUAAAACAAUCAAGACUGACAAUGUGAGCUCAAAGAUACUGGUGGAUAGCAAUUGUUACCUUCGGACGGAGCCAGAUGUGAGCUAAUGUUAGCUGGUUCUUCUUGUUUUCUAAGCCAAGAGAAUAAGAAACAAAAUAAAUCACUGGUAUUCUUAGUCAUUCAUGAAAACUGCAAGUUUGUCUGAAGUUCUUCUAUGUUCAGGUCUAAGUGUAAAACCAAAUAGGCUCACUACAAACAUCUUUUUUUUUUUCUAUCUUCAUGUUUGGAUCUAGUCGCAUGUGUAACGCUCACCCGACCCUAAGUAGUAUAGACAUGUUCCAUUUUCGAGGCCCGUCUCAUAUUGGUGACCGGCUGGUGCUGAAAGCCAUCGUCAACAACGCCUUCAAACACAGGUAAGCCUGCACAGAACUACACAGACUCUCAGCUCUUCUCAUUGGUUAAAAUGUAUGAACACAACAUUUACAGUCUAUUUGUGCAUAUUCUCUACCUUUGUAAGCAUUUCUUUCUCACUUCCUUCAUACAUGGUGUGCUCCAGCAUGGAGGUGGGAGUGUGCGCUGAGGCCUACCAGGGCGGUGAACCUCUUCGCCAUAUAAAUAGUGCUUUUAUGACCUUUGAAGUGCUGGACAGUGACAGGAAACCAAUCACACUGCCGCGGUUACGACCAGAGCCUGUGGUGAGUGUUUUGAGUGUCCCAACACUGCUGGUAAUUUAGGAUGACGCACAGAGUCAAAAAUGUACAAAGUCUAUAAAAGGAGGAUUUCAGUGUGACAUAUCACUGUUUUUCACAGGAUGGAAAAAGACGUUAUCAAGAAGCUAUUGCAAGAAAGAAAAUUCGGCUUGAUAGGUUUGUAUCGCAUCUUCAUUACAUGGUCUGUUCUUUGCAUGGUUUAUAUGUAUAAAAUGUAUUGUUUGUGAUGCAAAACUUAAUCAUGAUAUGUUGUAUCAAGAAUCUUAUUACGGACCUUUUGCUCAGUACAUCAUACAUUUCCUCUUUACAAUCAAGUCUGUCCUUAUUUUUGGCUUUAAUAACAAACCUUUACAGUCAGCCACGACUUGAGAGUGCAGGGACCAUCAACAAAGUGCAGAAAAAUAUUUAAUAACAUUACCCUGGAUAGGUGCAGCGUGCCUGUACUUUCACUUAAGUAAAAUACAGACGUAAUCUUCUUACUUUUUGUCUUACCUUGAUGAAGAUUGUUACAAUAUUUACAUAUGCAGGCUUGAAAUGGUAAGAGGUCAAACGCCAGUUUUUAAUAUCCAGGCUUUUACCACUACUUAUCACACUGCUGAGUAAUUACAUACACAGACGGACAACUUAGAUACAUGACACAAAUGUUUCCAUAAUAAAUAUGCCACGCCACUAUUGCAUGCAGUUAUCAUAAAGCAUCACAAAUCAAAGAAAUAUGUUGUAAAAGACUCCUCAUAUAUGAGGCAGUUUGAAAGACUUUUCUUAAGUACAACAGGAACUGUUUCUUUGCUGCUUUGUUUGUCUAGAACCCAUUGUUUACAAUCCUCAUCCGCAUGACUUGGCAGUGCAGAGAAUCACAGCUGAGCAGACUUUGGUGCACAGUCUGUCACACAUAAUAAGAUCAUUGUUCUGCUAAAAAAGUCAGGAGUCCUGUGCAAUGUCCAUUCCAAAGUUUUACAACAAAAAAUUUCAAUAGAAAGAAAAAGUUUGUUGCUCAGGCUCUCCGAUCUGUCACGUCUUGUUAUAUAAAGCAUUGUCUCCUACAUCUUUACAGAAAAUACAUCAUCUCCAGCAAGCAAACAGAAGUGCCUCUGUCUGUGCCCUGGGAUCCAAGUAACCAGGUAUUGCUUUUUCUUGCCAACAGAGGCAGACAUGUUUUGAUAGGCUUAUUAGAUAUUGGCACUGUGUUCAAGAGUUCAGACGUGUCCUUUGUUUUUCAGAUGUAUCUGAGCUACAAUAAUGUAUCAGCACUAAAACUAAUGGAUACCAGGAAUAACUGGGUUUUAACUUCUGAGAAAAACAAGGUCAGUGUUUUUGUAAUAUCUUUCCGGAUAUAACUUGUUAAAUAGUUGCAGCUGUUGUGAUUCAGCCAUGCAUUCUGAUCUGUAUUAUUUUGGACAAGCUGCACAGUCACUGUGGCUGAUCUUGACCUGGUACUGAGCCAAUUUUACUUUUUCUUCAUCAAAAAGUUUAGACCUACUCUUGCUCUGUUCCUCUCCACACAUCACUCCACAAAAUAGUAAUGCUAUAUCUGAAUAUAAGUCUCUCUAAAAUGUGUAUGACUGCCACAUAUUUAAUCUCAAAUGCAGCCACCAAUUACUGUUACUACUACAGGAGUUUUGACAGUAUUUGCACUCAAAGUGGGUUUGUUUUGGUGCCAUUUAGGUGAAAGUUUUCCUGUUUGUACACAAAGAGCUCACCACCUCUCUGCAUGUUUUUCCUUUCCAGGUCAGAUUGUACACACUGGAGGAAAACCACAUGCUGUGUUUUAAGGUGGAGAUGCAUGUCAGUGUACCAGCAGAGCAGACUUUCAACCUACUGUCAGACCUGAGGAGGAGAAAGGAGUGGGAUCGGCACUAUGAGUCAGUCUACUGUAUAUUUUUGGCAUUUAGUGUAAUAUGGUGCACAAUAGCCUGCAGUCAGAAAAAGUUGAUGAAUAUUUAUUUAUUCACAUCUGUUUUCCAACCAUCAAUAAUUUACACAAGUCAAAAAUCAACAGUCUUUGCUCAAUAAUUGACUUUUUGGCUUUAUCAUCUAGUCUGAAGCCCUGUUGUUUCUACAAAAGAUAAUAAUCUUUUAGGUUACAGUUUGAUAGAAAAUAUAUAUGUAAUUUAUACAUAUCCACUUUACAGCUUGGCAAUGAGCUCUUUGCAAAUUUUUCUUAAAUAAGAAUGAAAAAGUGUCACAGAAGGAACUUUUUGCUGCAGCAUGCUGAUGCACAUCAAAUGCUUAAAGCUCCUGUGAGGAGUUUAUUAGACAUCUAUGAAAUGGCCCGAUAUUCAUAUUGAUGCCUUUUUUAUGACAUCCCAAAGCAAACAAGACCAUCAGCAACAUGAGUGAUGAUUUUUAUAUUGUAAUUUUAAAUGCCUGAAUCUUAAUCGAGGGAAGAAACAGCCCUGUUUUUACAAUUUCCACAUAAGAAAUCACAACAAAUAAUACAAUUGGCUGUCAAAAGUCAGCAGGAUGAUAUCUUUUGUUAAAAGACACUGUUUAAUCAUGUAGAGGAAGAGAUAAGCAAAGAUUGCGUUGUCCACAGAGGAGUAACUGUGGACUAUUCAACUAUUAAAGCUCCUGUGAGGAACUUUUGGUCUUAGUCUAAUCUGGCACCCCCUUGUGUACAAAAGUAAUGCCUCGUGCUUCUAUGUGGUUAUUUUCCUGCACAUAUUCAAGUAGUAUAGAAAAAACUCUUGUUUUUUUUAACAAACAUUUUUACCAGUCCCCUGAAAGUUUUUACCAUGAAAAUGUAAAUACUUUUAAUGCUAUGUGCUUUCCCGCUCUUAAACCCACCCUGCAGCAGUUUAAGGUAUUAAACAAACUCAUAGAAAUAAGGUUAAUGCUGAUGUUCCCAUUUGCUUCUCCUACUCAUGAAAAGUCAUUAGUCCUAAGUUCAGACUAUUUUGUCAGCAGCAUAAAGUUUUUACUUGAGCUUUUAACAUGUUUGCACAAUGGACUCAAACUGUGUUUACUGUUGGAAUUAAUGCAACUCAAGUCUGUCAAAUCUAUUUUAUUUUCUAGUUUCAAGAAAUAACAUAAAACACGUCUUGUCCUUACUCUUAAUAAUAUUGACAAAGGCAGAAACUUAAACUUUGAACUUGCAAGAAACGUUCAGAUCAGGGACCAUUGGUACACAGCCAUGUCGCUUUAAAGUAGGUGCAGAAGAAAGGUACAAUUCAUGACCCCCUUGCACUGGCGAGGUACGUUGCUCACUAAGAAGAACAUCAUGGAUUUACAGCACAGGUGUUGGUUUUGCUUCGUUCAUUGUAUUUCAAACCAGUUUUAUCCUUUAUGUUCUCCAGCUGAUUAUUACAAUAAGGAACCAAAUAUUCCUGCUUGCAGUAAGUUAUAGAUUUUGAUCAUUAGCAUAAUUCCAGUCUUCACACUGAAGCUGCUGCAGUGACAUUGGCUAGUAUUGAAAACACGAUGAAUAGUUACAGUUAGCAAAGUGCCAUAUAAUGUUGAUCUAAUGUUGAUAUAUAUUUCAUCAUGUUCUCUUUGCUGCUUCCCUCAGGGAGUGUGAAGUGAUCAACCAUGCAGAUGAAGAAGACACACUUUAUCGGGUAGCUACGCCUUGUAUCAGUAAAGGGGGCAAAGGCCAGGACUUUAUCUUGCUGGCAUCUCGAAGGAAGCCAUGUGAUGUCAGGUGUUGUACUAAACUAUGUAAUAUGCACUCAGCAAUGACCUUUACAUGUCACAUUUCUUGUUUCUUUGUUUGUUUUUUCAUAACCACUUAUCUACUCAUUCCAUCACCACCUCUUUUUACUUUGAUGCUAUGCGCUUUGUGUCCCUCACAGGGACCCGUUCCUGAUUGCUCUCCGUUCUGUCACUUUACCAACUCACCCUCCUACUGAGGACUACACCAGGGGAGAGGUGCUCUGCGCUGGCUUCACAAUCUGGGAAAUGUCCGCUACCAUCACCAAGGUUGGCUAGAUGUUAAGAAUGAAAACCCACUACAACACAUUUCUGCACACUAACAAUCCACACCUGCAAAAACCCUUUUUAAGAAGCACUGGUUGACUGCGCCACAUGUGACCUGAGGUGAUUUGUUUCAGAUUACCUACUACAACAAGGCUACAGCAGGUGUCCUCCCCUACAUCUCCACAGACAUAGUUGGCCUCUCCUCCAGCUUCUCCAGUGCUUUCUCCGCUUGUAGCCGCUACUUGGAGGACAACAAGGACAGCCAGGUGGUCUCCUCGUCUCCUGCAACGUUACAAGACUGUGCAGCUAAGCUCUCGUUGAAUGAGGAGCAGAAGCUCCAGUAGGUCUCCUCUGUUGCUGAGGUGCUGUGCUCUUGAAGAAGGCAUUGUUGAAUGUAAGUGCUGUCUUGCAAUGGAUUUGUAUUCUUUUUAAUUUCUAGAAACCUCUAUCACUUUGGUUUUCUAGAAAUAAGAGAUAUCCUCUUUUAGCAGGUUCAAUUAAAACACUAAAGGUUUUUUAAAAGAACAUGCUUGGUAUUUCUGUACGAUUAAAACUUAUUGUGUAAAAGCGCACAGUGUUUCUCCUAGAUUUCAAGACUCUGAAGUGUUAUCAGAGCUACAUCGUUGUAAAAAUGUUUUAUUUUACUAAUUUAUGAAUCAAUGAAUCAUAUUUUGAUACGUAGGUGUCAGUAUUACACACAGCCUCGCCAUGAUUUGAAGUUCACACCUCCUAAUACAGAAACUAACAUGGUGAUAGGACUAGAUCAUGCUGAGACAUUUGACUCAACUAUAUUUGUUUAGUUUAUUUUCUACCUCCUGAAUAAAGUUUUUAUUAACUUAAUGAAUUGAAUUAUAAGUUAACAUGAUGUAUGUCAAGGAUCUAAUGAUGUUGUUUUAAUUGAAAACGAAGAUGUAAAGUUAUAAAAGAAAACUCUUGCACUGAUUUUAUAAAAUGGCAGAGUGUUGCACAUGAAAAGUUGUUUUUCUUGAUUAAAAUGAAACAAUAAAAACAAUAGAUCUGCAGAUUAA